ACUCGAGCUAAAGACACGUAAUCCUUUAACAUUUCAAUAUUUUUAUCUGGUCGCAGUUUCUGUGCUCCCAAAAAAUAAUUAAUUUUUGAAUAAAUAAGACAAUGAAAAGGUGUUUUUGGGUGACCGUGACCAUCUUCCUCACUCUGGGUAUCACUUUCUGCACAGAGACCAAUGAUACUUUCAUUCCCACGCGAGAAUGGCAGACGAUAAAAGAAGGUCAGAAGGUGCCAGCGGGCCUUCAUUAUCGCAUAAAUCUCGAGACCGGCGAAAAGGAGGCCAAGAUUUUGGAGGAGGAAGAUGACGUGGCCAAACAGGAUGGUUCUGCUGCACUCACAGUCGUUGAAAAUGAUGAAAUACCCAACAAAGAGAAUGCCUCCGAUGGACCAUCUAUUGAGGAUGCCCUUAAGAAUAUUCCCGGAGACAACUUUGAGUACACUCCGGAGCAAAUGAAGGAGAUAAAAUCCAAAUUCCGGACGUACGAGGACAUCAAACAUGAGCUCAAAGACAAAUUGAAUUUGGACAUAAAAACCGAUGCGGAAGUCAUCACGGGCCUGCUAAAGAAGUAUGAUGAGCUGAAGAAGGAUAAAGUUAAUCCGGAAGUGAUUAAAAUUCUCGAUGAAUUGGAAUAUCUCGUGCAUCAAAUUGAUAAUGCGAACAAUUUUGUAAAUCAGAAUGGAAUUGAAAAGCUAAUUAUUCCGAAUAUUGUCAAUCAGACGAAUUCAAUCAUCCGGACAAGGGCUCUCCUGCUUCUAGGAGCUGUUAUGCACAACAAUCCAACUGCACAAAUCUCAGCUUUUGAGAGAAAUGUUGGAGAUCACCUAACAAGACUUAUAGCUUCGACGCAACUCAAUGAUGAACUGAGCGCAGCAAUUUAUGCCAUUGGAAGUCUUAUCAGGAAAUUCCCUCUAGCUCAGAAGGAAUCCCUCACAAAGCUCGGUCUUUCGGUUCUCCUUGAUAUCUGGACGAGGCAAGUGGAGCUGAAGGUGAAGAUGAAGGUUCUCGUGCUUAUUUGUGACCUUGUGCGGGAGAAUCACGAUGUGGCUUCACAGCAGAAUGAACCCACAGAGAGGGAUGAUGAGAAAUUCCGUCAAUAUCAACGAGUGCAAAUUGAGAAGCUUCUCCAGGAAUAUGGUUUCUGCUCCAGAUUCGAGCAAUUCCUGAUAUCCCUCAAAACGGACCUCCCAAAGUGCACAGAUUCCAUGGAUAAGGUAAUCCACAGCAUGCAACUCACAAAGGACAUGUGCUACGACAGCUGGUCUGAGAGUGCUGACCUCCGUCACGUGCUGCUUGUCGUUAAGAACCGAAUAACGUGGCUGUCGGGCAUGGAGAAGGAUCCGGAAAUGUUUGAAUUUCUCAUUGAACUCGAAGAAGGAUUCCAUCGACUGCAGCAUGAUCUCUACAAUCGGAAAGAAUACAAGGAAAGUGGAGGUGGGCAAAGAGAUGAGCUAUAGUUUCCGGAAGGUACCGUAAGUUAUAAUAAUUUUUAAUAAAUAUUUAUUUUAUAAAAA